GAAGCUCCAUAUCCAGAUACUACAAAAUUGAUGCCCUUCAUUCAUUUACAAUGACCAAGAACUACAUCAUAAUCCCCGGCACAUCUAUGAUGUUGGAUUACUGUGAUGCUUUCGUCUAUUCCUCGCCGGGUGAUCCAAUGUUUAAAAGGCUUUGGAAAUUUAAGAAUGAACUUAAAAGUAAAGUUUACGUAGUGAGAAAAUCCAACAUGGAGGUCGUUGCUGCAAUGGAAAUAGAUCCGAUGUUUGUGACUCAUCAGUUGAAUGCUUACGAAAAAGAUGGGAUGAUAAUGGCUGACAUGUUGGUUUACGACAAUGAAAGAGUAUACUAUGAUCUCAAAGUGCAAGACAUGUAUAAUGGAACAAAUUUCGUAACAGAUAUCGCAAGACUUGUCAUUGAUACAAGCAACUGGAAUAUUACAAGGCAACAUCUGACAACGGAUUAUCCUGUCAAUGCGGAGUUCAGUCAGGUUAAUAAUGCAUUCCAUGGAAAGGAGUACAAAUAUGCUUACCUUGUGAUGGAUGCUCUGCAUGAAAAUUCAACUAUAUUGAAGUUGAACGUAGAUACAAAGGAAGAGUUACGUUAUGACCCUGGCUUCGGACACAUGCCAUGGGAGCCUAUAUUUAUCCCUAGACCUGGUGCUACAGUUGAGGACGAUGGAUUAUUGAUACUUAACGGCAUCAGCGUCCCAGAUAAUACAACCUUCGUUGCAUUGGUGGAUGCAAAGACAAUGACAGAGACUGCCAGAUUCCAUGCGCCUACCAUCAUCCCAGUUGGUAUCCACAAUAGAUUCUACCCAGAUCCAUCCCACGAUGACACAUCAUCUGGCGCCACACAAACACUGCAGUCGAUCGUUUUAGCAACACUUAUUGCACUUAUGACCUUACUGAUAUAA